AUGCACUCUCUGACCGACAUGGGCAUGGGAUACGCGUUUAUUAACAUGGUAACUACCGCGGAGGUGCAGCGCCUCACGAUAUCGUUUGAGGGAUUCGGGACGUGGCCUGUCCCGUCUUCAAAGGUCUGCAGCGUCGUCUCGUCUCGGACGCAGGGCUUGGACGAGACAUCCCUCCUCGGCCAGACUGUCUCGGCCGUCGGCGUCCUCGGGUCGAUCAUCUUCGCCAUGAUCGAAGCGAAUGUGAGCGAGAGCCAGUUCAGGGUGAUGAGCGAUUUUGAUACGCACGAGCGUGUUUCUACCGCAGAGUCCUUCGACGAGAAGGAUGGGAGCGGCGAAACGGACACAGCGAACUCCUGCCAUGAUUGGUGCCACACAGAUGUUGCUGCAGCUGCUGGGGGCGAUUGCAGGAUCGACAUCUGCCGCGCCUACGACGACGUGGAGGGCAGGCCGACAGAAGCGCCAGCGAGGAGGUCGACAGUUGACCCCAGCUACAAAGGCUUCGCGGGACCGGUCGCUGCCGCAGGAGGGCGCUCCAUCAAGGAGCAUGCGCCGGCAGGCCCGACAGUCUCGGUUUGCCAAACGGAGGCCGGGGUCAGGAAAGUCCAAGAGUGGCGCCGCACGACGGGCGCCGAGGUCGGCGUGACCCAUAUCGUGCUCUCCACCUUCGCCGGGGACCUGUCCUGGCAGGCAGAGCCAACUACCGAGUGGCAGGACGUGCUCGUGGAUGGCGCCCGCGGCCCACAGCCAAAGGUGGAGACCUUCGCAGCCCGCCUCACCAUCGCACAGCGGUUCGCACCGAACGAGACCUUCGGGCACGCCCAGCAGAACCCGCUGACCCUUCCAGCGUUGGUCCUCCCAGAGUUAGAUUGCAAGCGUGUGGUCAAGACAAAAAGAGCCAUCAGCUACGGCACGGAAGUGUCGUGCGUCAUCAUUGGCAUGGCCUCGGAGAAGGUUGCUUUCUUUUCCUUCGUCCUGCCGCCUGGUGCGUUCUUCUCAGAGCAGCGCAGCCAGCUAGUCCCCAGGUUCAAGAGUUACCGCGAGCUCGAGGAUGACGCCUCGCACUACGCCCGCAUCCGCCAGAUCGAUGCAAAGAGUGAAGGUGGACGCGUCAUCUACCGUCCCAGUGACAGCGCCCCUCUUGGAAUUGUUGCUGACAAGUUUGCUGCGCCCGCGGGGUCCAACAGCCUGGCUCCCAAGUGGUGCAUCACACGCGCGCCAGAGAGCUGGGCCCACGAGGAUGAUGCCUCUGCGCGGUGCCAAGCUCGAGGCUUCACAGCAGGCGCGGCCGCGCAGAGGAUCGGCCGCCGCAAGUGGUUCUUCCGCGGUGAGCUGGAGGACAGUGCCAAGCAGUCGGCGUUCCAGUUCUCGUCUGGCAUCGUGGCCAGCAUGGCCGCAGCGCAGACAGCAGCAAGGAAGGACGGCCCUAAGCCGAAGAAUAGCCCUACAGUGCAUCGGCAGCGCCGCCAGGAGAUGCUGCAGCCCCCGCGCAGCCAGCAGCCGCCGCCGCCGAGGAGUCAGCUGCAGGCCCCGCCGCCGCCGGCACACUUCGCUGCGCGGCAGAACAAGGGCCGAGGGGAUCGCUUCCACCUCGCCCUCGGAGCGGCAAACCACGCUGUCCGUAAAAACGCGAUGCCGCUCAAGCCGUCUGACAGUGAACCUCGAGGCCGCCUCCAGGGUGAGAUGCGCCAAGCCACCGCCAGCUACACCAGCCGCCGCUUCAAGCAGUGCAUGGCGAAGAUCAUGAGUGAUCCAGUCCGCAAGGGAGCUCGGAACGCUAAGAUCAACGUCGGGAGCCGCGCCCGCUGGGCUGAGGGCUCCAAUUGGGUCCAGAUGCAUCCGUGGAAGCGGAAGGCCAUGCAGGCGAAGCAAACAGCCAAGCAACGAGCUCUCCCAGUUGCCGGGCGCGAGGCCCGCGAUCGGGCGAGCAGGGCCAGGCGGCGUGAGCUCCAGAAGCUGGGCGCACAGAAGCUGGAGGCCAUCCGGGCCCGUAUCUUGGCAGCGCCGCGUUCAGCGGCGCCCCAGGCUCACGGCCUCAGCGCGAUGGACAUCAGCAGCUCACGCUACACGAUGCAGUUUCACAAAGAGCUCUUACUACACGACGCUGGCGUGGUCGGACACCACGGCGAGACGGCCGACGCGGCCUGGAGGUUCCGCCCGAACGGGCUUUGGCGAAAGGGUCUUGCUGGACAGCGCCUCCAGGAGUGUUCGACUUGGGUUUCACGCAGUUCAGUUGCCCGGGAGUUGGGCCCCUACCACGACGAGCACCAGGAGCUCCCACUGCGCGACGCUGGCGGGGUCGGACACCGCGGCGAGACGUUCAACACGUCCACGGAGAGGCUCUCUCACACCGCGCUCUUCUCCGCAGACCGCCUGGCCUUCGUGGCCGAGUCCGAGACCCAGGUGAUAGCGACUGUGCUGGACUCCACCAAGCCGAGGGUCAAUGACUCCUCAAACAUCAUUGAGCGCCGGCGUAACUGGCACGCCCGAGCUGAAGCUGGACUGACGCUGACCGCCAACAGGAAUUGGAGCAAGCUGGACAGGAAGAUCACCGAUCGCGUGAACGACCGCCAGUUAGAGUAUUUCUCGCAGCUGUGCCUCGAUGAGCUGUGUGACCCCAGCGACGGCUGGCCUCGCCACGGCCAGAUGUUGGAGGCUAUCAAGCGCGCCAUCACCGCUGAGAACUAUAAGGCCCCACCCGCGGCGGGUUUCGAUGCUGCGGGGGCGAGGUCCGAGUGGGCCCCAGUGUGGAGCCCCGACGAUUACGAGUCUGAUCCCUAUGCACUGGACUGGGUCCCGUCCUACCAGGCCUUUGAGAAAGCGGUCUUCAGCACUCGGGGCGCAGCUGGCCUAGACGGCUGGACGGCUUCAGAGUUGAGGCUUAUCCACACCACCAUGCCUUUCCUGAUCGCGGAGAUGUACGACGCCUGGCUGGCCACCACGAGAAUGGCACCCACGGACUCCCAGUUCGAGUGCAAGAAGGGUGUCGCCGCCAUCCAUGCGAUUAAGGCCAUCCGCUCCGUGAGACUGCUGCCCAGCAAGCACUUGGACCGAGCCCUGGCCAGCUACUUCGAGGAGCCGGGGCUGGAGUUCCUGGGCCAUGACCCUGGGUGGGGCAUCAGGUUGAGGGUUGACCUGGACGACGGCCCGGGAAUUGUGCACGCGACGGCAGCCUGCCGAGGUCGCGGAGACACGCUCUGGGCGACCAACAACGAAACGCAACAUGCCAUCAUAGUCGCAACGGGAGUGCGGUGCCUUCAAGGUACGCCAGGCUCACGCAACGACAGAGACGGAAUCGACUAUGGGGAUGUGGAGGUACUCAGCAAUGCGAAAUGGCGCGGUUUCGUGGCCGCCCUGUCGCAAGAUGACCUCCAAUUUAUGAAUGCCUUCAUGAGCGGGGCUACCCGGACACGGACCAGGACUUCGAGUCGGAGUGUCCGCAGUUUGCAGAAGAGCGGGGCCGGCUCCGAGGUGGACAAUCGGGAGGCGGAGCUGACGGCCGUGCUGCAGAAAGGGGGCGUCGACGUCUCGGAGUUCACCUGGCAGGCGUUCGCGGACCUGUACGAGGAGGUGCACGAGAAGGGAAUGUCUUCGUUCGAGACGAGCAAGGAUGGGGAACUGUUGCGCACCAUCAGGAUCGUGAAGGUGUGGCUCCACGCCGAGAUCCUGGGGCUGGACCACGUGCUGCUGCUGAGGGCCAAGCACACGGGCCCCGGAGGGCGCCAGAACGUCGAAGGAUCGGGGGCUCGCAAGCGGAGGAGGAGGAAGGAUGCGCAUGCAGGAGCAGUGGCUCCUCUUUGA